AUGCCCCAGCACCCUCUAUACCAUCGGCUUCAACAAGCUCAAAGCGCCAUUCUCUCAUCUGCUUCUGGAGGUCCUGCUGCGCUGCUUGACUUCCAGAAAAGUUGGCAAGAGCUGACCAACGAUCUUGACCGUGAAGUCCGUCUACAUCGUGUCGACGAUGCAGUCAUAACGAUGGCUCAAUCUACGGCCUCGAUUGUCUCCACCCUUGCAAGCUCCUUUCUGAGCCUAGAUAACUGUGCAAAUGAUAUUUUUACCAAUCUGUCAAAGGAUCUUGAGGACACCCUUGACAAUUCCAGAUUGCCUUCGUCAACUGAUCUUAUUCCUACUGAGGCUGUAUACAGCUGGCUUCUCGCAAAUCUUCACUAUCCAUACCCUUCGGCAUCGAUGAAGAAAGAACUAGCUGCAUCCUGCGGAACGACGGUGGAGUAUAUCGCAUCUUUGUUCAACGAUACUCGGGAGCGGAUAGGUUGGACUACGUUGGCCCGUCAUCGCUUUGAGAGCAAACGCUCCUCUAUCAUAGAUGCUGCUUACCGUGCCCUUGUCACACCCGACCCCACCCGACCUCUCCCUCUCGAUCUCGAAAACGCAUUUGCAAUUAUCAAGAAGAAUCUUGAAGCUAUUCAAAUCCACAAUAAUGCUACAUCGCUCGCGAUAACCGAUAUCGAUGAUGAUCGAGCAGAGGGAUGGAGUGCGGAAAUAUAUGAUGGGCAGGCCGUACGCGAAGAGUUGGCCAGAGGGCUUGGCGGGGCGGACCAGAAGAGCGAUUUGACCCUCGGAGAUUCACGAGCAGUACUGGGCUCGUCUCCUUGCCUCUCACCGUUGGAGUGGUACGAGACUGAGGAAGAAGACACGACACUACCGCAACCGAUUGCUGGGUGCAAGCGACGCGCGGAUGUUGACCUUGAAACCGAUUUCACCCCUUGUUCUUCCAAUAGAAAUAGAAUAUCAUACAGAUCACUGAAGCGGCAAAGGUCCGAGCCUCCAUCCGCAGAUAAUCAAGUUCUCUCCUCUCCUGUCUUGACUGUGACUGGAGUCCAGGCCUCACAUGUUAAACCAGCUAUUUCGUCUAUCCCUUCCCCAGACUCAUCUCCAAGCAUGCUACUCGAAGGUUCCUCCAUACCCACAUCAUCGUCUUCCCUUGCUAUCCAAUCGUCAUCGCCACCACUUGCUGCAGUACCUAGUCGCAAACGAAGACUAUCAGAAGCAAGUUGUGAUAGCAUCCCAAAGCGCCCCCGACACAUUCGUAAUGGCCAUCACAUGCAAACAGUGUCUAAUCCUCUUCCACUUGGUCCUAAUGAGAUUGCACAAGAUAGUGCUCUCUUCGAAAGCUGGUACCAGAACGUAACCUAUGCAGCAUCUGAACCUUUUGGCGGCGAUCCCUCUAGCGAUUGCUCACCUGCAACAUCAAUUUUGAAUACUCCAUGGACGGAUGGGUUGCCAGUGUUUCCGAAUGACUUCAUGGUUCCCUCACAGCAAGUUGAUCUCUCCGACGAAGAUUUCAAAGCAAUGCUCGCAUCAGGCUAUAAUAUGUCUUCAAUGUUCAUGCCUAUCGACCAAGACAUUUUCGAAACGCUGCCUUCACUCGAUGAUCUCUUCCCGCCAUCAUGUUCUGGCAUUGAGACUCUAAUCCAACAACCUGCUCAGUAUAUGAUCGACCUAGGAUUGCAGGCAGUGAGCACCUCCCAGAUUGAAGAGUGUCAGGCACAGUCGUCGUCUAUACCAACUUUUCUUUCCUACGAUCAUCCCCGUCAAAUUCUAUUAUCGCCUUUGAAGAAGAUCGACAGUCCGAUUUCAGACACCCUCAUUCAAUGUACUAGUUUAUGCGGCAUUGGUGAGGAUUCGCUCGACAACUGGACAGCGGGUGUACUGGGGUGGAAGGACACUAACCUAUCCGCUCAGAUGUAG